AUGAAAAUAACAUCGACAAACGGUAAUGCGUCUCGUUUAAAUAAUGACAAUAAAAGAUUAGAAUAUAUUUGUUCAUAUAUAAGAUAUAAAUUUGAUAAUCUAUUUGCUCAUGGUUUAAUUUUUAUUAUUCCAUUAUUAACUAUUAUAAGUGUAUUUAUUAUAUUAAUAUUUAGUAUAAUUUAUUAUUAUACUAAAGGAGUAUAUAAUUAUAAAGAUGCAUUAUGGGAAACAUUUACACGUAUACUUGAUCCAUGUGCAGCAGCACACGAUGAAGGUCUAAAACAUCGAGUUAUAUCUGGAAUUGUUAUACUUUGUGGUCUUGUUAUUGUUGCCAUAUUAAUUGGUGCAAUUGUAACUUUUAUGGAGGAAAAAUUAAAUGAAUUAAAAAAAGGACAUACAACAGUUAUUGAAAAGAAUCAUACAAUAAUUUUAGGUUGGUCACCAAAAAUAUUUGAUAUUAUUAAUGAAUUAAUUAUUGCAAAUGAAAAUCAACGUAAUCCUUCAAUUGUUAUUUUGACAUCAAAAGAUAAUAGUGAAGUUAAAUAUAUGAUUAAAGAUAAAAUAAAUAAUUCAAGAAAUACAAGAAUUAUUUAUAGAAAUGGUGAUCCUAUGUCGAUCAAUGAUUUAAAUAAAUUGAGUCUUAAUCAAGCACGAUCAAUAAUUAUACUGGCACCGAAAUUAAACAAUCCUGAUGUUAGAAUAAUAAAAACAAUAUUAGCAAUUAGAAAUAAUCCACGACGAAAUAAGAUUAAUUUUCGUAUUGUAGCCGAAAUAAAAGAACGAAUUAAUUUAGAAGCGGCAAUAAUUGCAGGCGGAGAUGAAGCAUUAUUUGUCUAUGCCAAUGAAAUAAUUGCACGUAUUAUAGCUCAAUCAUGUCGACAAAGGGGUUUAAGUGUAAUAUUAUCAAGUUUAUUAUCAUUUCAAGGUGAUGAAAUUUAUUUUAAACAUGAAAGUGCACUUGUUGGUAGAACAUUUUAUGAUGCUGUAUUUUCAUAUGAUAAAUGUUCAGUAAUUGGAUUAAUGUUAUCCGAUGGAACAGUUAAAAUAUUUCCUCGAUUAAAUACAAUAAUAAAUAUUGGUGAUCAAAUUAUUGUUAUCGCUGAAGAUGAUCAUAAAAUUAUAUUAUCAUCCGAUUAUUUGUCACGUAUUAAUUAUGAAUAUUCAGGAUCAAAAUCAUCAUUAUUAUUUAAUCAUAAUACAGUUUUAUUAUCCAAUCCUGUGACUAGAAGAGCGACAAAAAUAAUUGAACGAAAUCUUCUACUCGGAUGGAAUAAAAAGGCUCCAUUAAUUGCUAGAGAAUUGGAUACUUAUGUUGCUCGUGGUAGUGAACUACAUAUAUUAACAAAUUCGAAUAUAAUAACACAAUUUAUAAAUGAACAAUUAGUUAAUGAAUUAACAGAACAAAAAACAUUUGUACAUUCUGGAAGCUUCACUAAUAAAUUAGAUUUAGAAAAAUUAAAUUUAUUUUCUUAUGAUUAUGUUAUAUUAUUAGCGAAUGAAGAAAGUGAACAACAAAAUUUAAUUGAAGAAGCUGAUGCUGAAUGUUUAAUUUGUUUAUUAUAUUUAAAAGAUAUUAUUGAUAAAUCAAAUAAUGAAAGAACAUUUAGUAUAAUAGCAGAAAUGUAUGAUAUACGUAAUUGUCAAUUAGCAAAUAGAACAUGUGCCGAUGAUUUUAUUGUUAGUCCAAAUUUAAUAUCAAAAUAUAUUUCACAAUUAUCUGAAAAUAAAAAUAUUAAAAAAGUUUAUGAUGUUUUAUUAACAGCUGAUGGUUCUGAGAUUUAUUUAUGUUUAGCAUCGAUGUUCGUUCCACUAGAAACACCAAUUAGUUAUUAUCAAAUUUUACAAGAAACAUUAAAAUAUCAAUAUUUAGCAAUUGGCUAUAGAUUAAUGAAAUAUUUACAUGAUGAAACAAGAUUUUUUGGAAUUGUUUUAAAUCCAGAUAAACAAGAACAAAUUAUAUUUUCAAAAAAUGAUAAAAUUAUUAUUUUAGCUGAAAACUUUAUGUCAUUUACUCCCCUUAUAAAUUCUCAAGCUGAUAAACCAACACAUGAAAUGAAAGAAAUCCGUCCAGAACCUGGAAGUAUAUACAUGCUCCGGCUCAGUAUACCUGAAGCAUUUGGGAUAUUCGAAAGUGAUGAACCAGAAAUAUCUUCAUUUGCAUCAUGUGCAUCUUCAUCAUCAACUGAAAGUUCUGCUAAAUCUUCCGCAUCACCAACAAAACCAAAAAAAAACAAUAUUACAAACGACCAUGUAUCAUUUCACGGUCAUGAUCCCGCUUCUACUAAUAUAAAUGCAACUAUUGUAUUACCUGAAUUAACAAGAAAUUAUGUAUUUAAACACCUUUUAUCAAUUUAUCCAAAUCUUCCAGUUUUUGGUCGAAAUAGCAUCAAAAUUAAAUUAAUUUGUCUGUCAAUGUAUUUUACACCUAAGGAUAAACAUUAUUUAAUCUUGAAGCCAAUUUCUAUUUCAUCUGGAGCAAAAUGGCCAAAUCCAAUACCAGAUUUCGUUGAAUCACAUGAAUUACAUUAUAUUUCUCAGAUGAUUUUUGAAUUAACGACAGAAGAAAGACAAUCAUCAACCAGUAAUUCACAACUUCAAAUAAUAUUCACAAAACCUGGAUGGUGUGGAUGGGUGUGGGUGUGGAUGUAG